AAAGCAUAAGACUUGAAGGAAGCAAAAUGAGUUUGUGGUAUAUCAUUGUUGCCUUCGUCUUCUUUUCUUCUAUAAUCAUUACCACUUCCUAUAUGUAAGCCUAAACUCUUUUAAGUUUAUCUCUCGUCGACAUGAGUCAUCAAGAGAAAGCUGGACAAAGUGGCCGAAAGAAUCAAGGAUGUCAACAAGUCCCUAGAUAUUUGUGGAAGUACAUGAACACAAUUGCUUUGAUGGGUCUUAUCACCCUUUAUGGUGGAAAUAGAGUACUUCAUUGGAAGAAGAAAAAUCCCAAGACAGUGAAGUUUUUUACCGAUGUACGCGAGGAAUGCAAAAAUGGAUGAUCCCUAAAAGAUCCAAGACUAUGGUCGAAGGUUGCUUGGAAGUCGAAGAUAAAUUUCUUUGAUGGAGUAUGGAAAUUUUUUAAGAAGAGGAUAGACUUUUAAUGUUUCAUUUGUUUCUCCGUAUACUUAGUUCACAAAUUGUACAUUUAGAUACAAAUUUUGUGUUCGUAAUUGUGUUUCUUAUAUUAAAUUUGUAACUGAUUUCAGUCAUAUUUUUUGGUUAGUUCAUGCGAUGAAGAUUCAAGUAAUGUUUUCUCUGGUAAUAUCCUCUUCUUUUGUUUCAUGAAACUUAGAUCUCAUUUAGCUUGUUUUAUCUUGCCCAUAGGGUUUUCCCGUCAGUCCAGACCUUAGGGUUUAUGUAAAUUUGUAUGAUUCCCUUAAGUUUACACUUGUAAUUGGAUUCAGAGUUUAGUUUUACUAAUUCAUUGGCCGUUACAUUUUUCAAUGUUUGUGGCAUUAUUCAGUUCAAUAUUCAUCUUAUGUGUCUUAUUGUCCCCAUUUAGGUUCCAUUUGUUGUAGACCUUAAGGUUUAAUUUCCUUUCUUGAAUGUACAUUUAUGUGAUUCUUUUGGGUUGACCUUGUAAUUCGCUCUAGGGUAUAGUUUUACUAUUUGAUUGUCUGUUACAUUAUACACACAUAGAUUCAAUUUAGAAAAUCAAAGAGCACUCACUUA